AGGCGCAGUGCGGUUCAGGCGGAGCUGUGGGAGGGGAGUAGGUUCGGGGGCCGGUCCCUGAAGAUGGCGGAGGCGGGGGUGAACUGGGGGUCUCCCGGCAGAGCUCAGGAUUUCUGGUAGGCUCCACGUUCAGACAGGAUGUGGUACCACUGAGACGUUGGUCUGCUUCAGUCCACAGUUCACCUUUUCCACUGGGAGCCUCAUUUCAUUUCUCGGCUUAGGCCUCCUGAACUUAUGAAACCAUGGCGGAAGGAGAGACGGAGUCACCUCGGCCUAAAAAGCGUGGCCCCUACAUUUCCUCUGUCACCAGCCAGAGCGUGAACGUGGUGAUCCGGGGAGUGGUGCUCUUCUUCAUUGGCGUGUUCCUGGCUUUGGUGUUGAACUUGCUUCAGAUUCAGAGAAAUGUGACACUGUUCCCACCAGAUGUGAUCACCAGCAUCUUCUCAUCUGCAUGGUGGGUUCCACCGUGCUGCGGUACAGCCUCAGCUGUGAUUGGACUAUUGUACCCCUGCAUUGACAGGCAUCUAGGAGAGCCACAUAAAUUUAAGAGAGAGUGGUCCAGUGUUAUGCGCUGCGUGGCGGUGUUCGUGGGUAUAAAUCACGCCAGUGCUAAAGUAGACUUCGACAACAACUUCCAGUUUUCCCUCACACUGGCUGCACUGUCAGUAGGACUAUGGUGGACUUUUGACAGAUCUAGAAGUGGUUUUGGCCUUGGUGUUGGAAUUGCUUUCUUAGCAACCGUUGUCACCCAACUGUUAGUCUACAAUGGUGUUUAUCAAUACACAUCUCCAGAUUUUCUCUAUGUCCGCUCUUGGUUGCCAUGUAUAUUUUUUGCUGGAGGCAUAACGAUGGGAAACAUUGGUCGUCAGCUAGCAAUGUAUGAAUGUAAAGUUAUUGCUGAAAAAUCUCAUCAAGAAUGAAGAGGGCAGAAGUCUCAGCUGUUCUGUGGAAGCCAUGGGAAAGCACCGUGGGUGCGAGAGGCGCACCAACGGAACUUUGGACUGGAAAAUUUCGAGGACACAGUUUUUCCUUGAUUGGUGUGUGUGUGUGUGUGUGUGUGUGUGUGUGUGUGUGUGUGUGUGUGACACACAUGUUUUUGCAGUCUGUGAUUGCUUCUGUAAAUCAGUUACCAACGUUUCGGUAUUUGAUUUCAAUAAAUGUAAGAUAUCUGUGCACUACAUGAAAGAUAUGUUUAUGGGUACAUGAAAUUUCUAAAUUUUUUUUACAUACCAUACAUUGUAUGUACAAUGUUGAUGUGCCAAACUGUUCUGUUACUGACACAGAGAAUAAGAAUGCUUUGAACAAUUUAGAAGUUUAGUGAAAGAGAAAAAGAAAGCUAAAAACAAAGCGAACAGAAAGCAACUGUGUAGCUGGCCGUUCCCUCUUGCGGCUGGUGUGCCUUUUCCUGUUUCUAAUCAGCUGUGCUGUCACAGCACCCACAUGCGUGUUGUCUCUGUUGCUGCUGUUUCAGAGUUUCAAUCUUAUUAUAUGGUAACAGUGAACUUCCCUAGAAUGGUUUUAAGCCUGCACUACUGUAGGGACCCAAAGAAUACUUUUCAGAUUUCUCCAGAGGGAAUAUGUAAUGGACAGGGGUGGUUAUCAGUAUCACCCUGCUUUGAGUCUACAUUUGGAAAAGUAUAAAUGACUAAAAUUAGGGGAUUUGACUGGAUAAAUAUGUUUGGGAAUACUGUGUGGUCCUCUCUCUGCUACAGAAGCCAAAGUGACAUUAGCUAUCAUUUGCUACUGAAGCUCGCUGCUUCAGCACAUGGAUGAGUAAGAAACACAGGCAGAUCAAGGUGACAGUCGAAACCUGUUGGAUUCUAGAAAGCAGGCCAUACUGGUGGGACCGUGCCAUGUGACUGGCCAGCUAUGGCGGGCCUGAGUUUGUGACCUUCACCAGUGCAGUCUGAGGAUGCUGGAACGUGUAUGCUGAUGUGUACUACAAGGUCCGGCCUUGGAGAGUGUGGAGAGCGCACUUCACACCCCAUUAACAACCCCGGCCACGUACUUACGGGUUAAGUGUACUGGCCGACUCUCCACUCACUUUGCACUUCUGAAAUUGUUAAUUGUCUGGCACACAAGGGUAAAUUCUUCUGACUUCUGUGGUGUGCGUGUGCUUCUGUUUGAGUGUGAGAGAAAAUGUAGACAUGUGUCUGUGUGCGCGUGUGCCCAUGCUUCCCUGCAGUGUCAAGUAGACAUUUUAAUUUUCUUUCUUGUAAAGCAAUGCUGUCAGACUGAAAUCUUGUACACUGGAGUGUAAUAUGCUCUGUGUUCUCAGGCGGAGAGUGUGAACAUCCCACGAGUAGUCCAUACGGAAUACGUGUACACAAGCCUAAUGGCAGUAGUGGUGAGCACACUGCUAUAUUUAUUAUUCUGUCUUUCAGAUGUUAUUCAUUUAGAACAAAUAAGGUAUAUUUUUAGAAUCAAAUUUGUAAACACUAUAAAAUCUUUAAUAAGUUAUAAGGUCUAUGAUAUGUUUACUUUGAAAAUUGCUGUUGAAAGCAAGUUGUAUUAAAUAUGUAAUUAUCACCA